AUUGGCAUUCCACCCUCGCGACUCUCGGCCUCUGGCGUGACGCGGAGUCUUGUCUGUCGUCUCGUGUCGCGCUGAACAGCAUGAAGCGUCACUCUGUCGCCGUGCGACUUGCGUCGGUUUUGCGUCGUAAAUAAAAUGACGACGACGCUCCACAGACGUCGGGGGAAUUAGAACGCGGUUUGCGAGCUGUGUGAAUGAACUGCAAAAGUAAACUAACAUUUUUUGUUGUUUUUGGGGUAAAAAGUAAUUAACAUAUUUGAGGUAAAAAGUUGUUAAAAUCACUGGAAAAAUAACUUUGAACGACUUGUUAACAUACGGUUCGAUUAAUUUCAGAUGUAGCAGUUUGAAAAUCAGCUCCAGAGAACAUUUAACAUGAUAAUUUCAAGACAUCACAGUGUAGUAUGCUGAACACACUAGAUCCAACUGUGAAAAACUUUUUAUGAACUCGAAUCGUGACACAUUUUAGCGAGAAACGUUUCAUCUGGGACUGUUGAAGAUUUACGUCGAAAUUGGAAAGUUAGCAAAAUCGUUUAUUGGACAUGUGCGUGCGUAUCAACAAUGUGUUGAGUAGCAGCUAUCGAGUGUGUUAUUUUAUGGAUGAAGCCUUCAGCUCACUUACAAAGGCACAUCACUGGAAAUCUAUAUCACACUCCAACAAUGAAAGUCAUCCUGCCCUGUACGGAUAAGAUCUUCUCAAUCAGAUCUGACAGAGAAGGACCGUUGAUUCUCUGAAAUCGAUGCUGUUAUUGAGUCUUAUUCGGAUUUCAAUUUCAAGGUCAUAUGGCGGUGACGUGUUUUAUUGGUGAAGGGAGCACAGUAUGAGCAGCCGUACAGCUGAUGCUGUGGUGGAUGUGUGUCUGACAUUUCUGGCUGCCUCUGGUCUAGCGUCCAAUACUCUUGUCCUUGUCGUGUUCUACAGGUGCCCUGCUCUACGCUCCCCAUCCAAUAGAUUCGUGGGCAGCCUGGUGUUGGCUGAUUUGGUGUCUUCGACAGUGCUGGCGCCCACCCUGAUUUCGACGCGUGUGUCGCUGGUGUCGCUGGCGGCCGGCGUCGGCACUCUCGUCGCCACUGCCUCUGUCUUCUCUGUGGUCGCUAUCGCCGUCGACCGCUACAGCGCCGUCCUCAGUCCGCUGCACUACGCCAUGACUGUCACUAGGAGGCGCAGUCUCGCUGUGAUUGCUCUGGUGUGGAGCAUGUCAAUGGCUCUGGCCUCGCCGCACCUUCUCAUGCCUUGCGAGAAUCCUCUCUUCUGGCUGUCUCACUCCCUCAUUCUACUCUUCAUCGGCUUCACAUUCCCACUCAUCGCACUCGUCCUCAUCUACGCCAGGAUGUAUGCUGCUGCUCACAGAAACAGCGUGCGCACCCGGCGUCACUCGGUGUCGGGUUGCGGCGCCGAACUGGACGCGUGGCGUCGCACGUCGAACGCGACGUUCUCGGCGCUGCUGUUCAGAGAGGAGGGUCGCGCGGUCAAGACCGCUGUCAUGGUGAUCGCCUCCUUCCUCUUCUGUUGGACGCCGUUUUUCGUGUCGUCCACGUCACAGGCCUGGGGUAGCGUCACUCUCCCCCCCGCCUUGGUGGGCAUAUGCGCUCUGUCCGCCUCAUCGCUCAAUCCCUUCGUCUAUGUGUUCAGGAACGAAUCAGUACGCAAAGAGGCGGGCCGUGUGGUGUGCUGGUGGCGGGUGUCAGGGGGCUCGGCAUGCCCCACAGGUGCCCUGUCGCCAAUGACGGGGGGCGCGCCCCCACCACCCCUGUUGCGGCACCAGCCGUCGUCACACUGUGACAGCAUGUCAGUGCAGAGCUUCCAGAUGUCGACGGCCGACUGUCCUCACAACGACCAGCAGCCGCCACCCGCCGACUUUGUUGCCACUUACAAUCCGGUGCACGGUGACACCCUGCGCUAUGAGAGCGUGACAUUUCGGCUAGCUCAGCGCCGCUGCGGCACGUGUGUGCGACAGAACUCAGACUCAUCAUCAGGCAGUGGUCACCCUCUGCUCACCCCCCUGCCUCGCCGCCAGCGGCCCAGCAGUGAGCCGUCCACGCCCCGCCAUCUCAACAACAACGACGCCGACGCCGAUGACAGGGCGCCCGUCGUCUUCAAGUUUCAGCUGGAGUCGGGGGGUGGCGACAACAGCCGGCCGGGCAACACAAUCAAAACGGUGACGUCACCGAUGGCCUCACUCAAGUCACCCAUGACGUCACUCAAAACUGUGACGUCACAGCUGUCAGCCGAGCCGCCGCUCUGCAACGGAACCAGCGACGAGUCGAAGCGGGAACGCUAUCGGCUGCAGAGGCUGCGUGCAGUUGAGCUCGAGGACCCCGGAACUCAGGUCUAGUCAACUGCGCAGAUCUAGACCACUGCACAGGUCUAGUUGACUGCACACAGCGUGUGUACAGAUGAAUCUGUGAUCUUGGACAGGAUAUCGAUGGUAAUUCGACAUUGUUUUCGGGGGCUUUGUAGAGUUGAUUUGGCUGUAAUUGAAUAAAAACACAAUAAUGUCGAGCACCUAUAUUAGAGUGAUCUUGGAUAGUAUAUUGAUGGUAAUUCAAAUGUUUUUGAGGGUUUUGUAGAGUUGAUUUGGCUGUAAUGAGAUAAAACAACAUAAUGUAGAACAUUUAUAUUAUUAGAGAGGAUAUCGGUGGUAAAUUCAAAUGUUUUCGGGGGUUUUAUAGAGUUGAUUUGGCUGUAAUGAGAUAAAAACACAAUAAUGUCGAACACCUACAUUAUAGUGAUCUUAGAGAGAAUAUUGAUGGUAAUUCAAAUGCUUUGGGUCUUUUUAGAGUUGUUUGGGCUGUAAUAGAAUAAAAACACAAUAAUGACUAACUCCAAUAUUAGAUCGAUUUCAGAGAGAAUUGGUAUACUCAAAUGUAUCAGGGGAUUUUUUAAAAUUAACUUGGGGCUAUAAUUUAUUACUGUCGAGAACAUUAGAGUGAUCUCAGAGUACAUCACAACUUUGUUUUUAGAAGCUGGUUUCGUAGAAUAUUUCCAGUAUUGAUGUUAAAUUCAAAACUGUACUCGGGGACUUUGUAGAGUUGAUUGGGCUGUAAUGAUAUAACCAAAUUCUGAGGAACACCUUUAUCAGUAAUCUCAAGGUACCGCAAAAAUAUUCGUAGAAUCGGAUAAGGAUAAUUGUGUUUUUAUAAUAAUUCAAUUGUAUUUCAAAUUACAUAUUUCGUUUCAAAUCUCAUGUGUUAAAGAAACAAACGGUCGGUGAUGCCAUGGACAUCUAAAUAUCAGUUUUGCAUAAUUGAUAUCACAGAAAAGACAAACAUACUUCUAAGAAAAGUAUCUUAUGUAAGACAAGUCUAUCCUCCUC